GCAUUCAGAGGUUACCAUAUGAUUAUGAUAUAAAUGUGUACUGUGCCAUCUACCCCAGCUAACGCAAACGACACAGUAGCCGACAAGCCCCAAGACUGUCAGGACAUCCUCGACAACGACGAGACGACGCCCAGCGGCGUGUACAUGAUUUAUCCACGGGACAACCUGGGCGGCUUCAUGGUCUUCUGUGACAUGGACACGGACGGAGGCGGCUGGACGUUGUUCCAGAAACGCCAGGAUGGAACAGUCUACUUCUAUCGGGACUGGGCGGACUACAAGGCGGGGUUCCCUUCCAACCUGAACGGCGAGUUUUGGCUGGGGAACGGCAAGCUCUACCGCCUCGCCGUGCAGAAAGUCUACCAGCUCAGGGUGGAUAUGGAGGAUGCGGAGGGGAACACGGCGUACGCGACCUACGACUCGUUUGCCAUCUCGCCUGAAUCCCAGAACUACAAACUCCACAUCGGGACUUACACCGGUACUGCAGGGGAUAGCCUGAUGUCCCAUGACGGAAAUCCAUUCAGUACCCUGGACAGAGACAACGACGAGUCCUCUUCCAGCUGCUCUGAGUUGCUGAAAGGUGCGUGGUGGUACGGUGAUUGCCACAGCUCUAGCCUGAACGGCCUGUACCGCUUGGGUACUCACGAAGGUGUCUACGACGGUGUCAUCUGGUUCUACUGGAAGGGCCCCCACUACUCAUUGAAGCGCGCGGAAAUGAAACUCCGACCAGCUCCAUAAUUUUACACGUUUUGUUGUACGAAUUACAUGACUUGUUGAGUGUUGUUAUGUUUUGGAUUUGGGUUUGCUUGCGGUGAUAAAGAAUUGCUAGUUGCGCCCUAUUCUGUUCAUAGAAAUAAGAAUGCAGUAAGUACUUUUUAUUUGCUGUGAUCAUCAUAUCAUGUUACAAUCAUUAUUCGUUUAGAUAAAUUUGAUAACACCAAAACAUGAAAUAUUUUGAAGUGAGAACAUAUUCAAGUUGAUAAAAUCAACAUUACAUCAUUGUGCAUACAUGUACAUACUACAGCAUGACUCUUAGUCGUGCGGCAACGUGCCUACAAUGAAAAUUAGGUUUAGUGUAUGUCUAUUGGUAAUACAUCACAGAGGGCUAACUCGAAAUAUACGUAAUAUACAUGCAUAUGGGUGACAGGCUGAAUAAAAGUUCUU